AUGCCAUCUCCAUUGUCUAACAUCAAAACCGAAUCCCGCCCAAUCUGGGAGCAACCACCACCACCAAACAUCGUUCUCCCUGAACUGCCACCUGAAGAUCCCUCACGUCACAUAACGCUCCAAGAAUAUAAAAAGCUUGCGUGUGCUCCUGAAAUCGCGCGGCAAACAUGGGCUCGCGUUGGGCAGAGUUGUGAAGCCAAACAGUUACUGGAGUUGACCAUCCUACACUGCUUCAGCGAAGUUCCUCCACUUGGAAAGAAAAGGAAUAGCCAUCAGAAGGUACAGGAUCACUAUGCAAUUGUUGCUAUCAAAGUGUGGAAGAGAAUUGGGAUUCUUUACAGCCAGCAAAUUGUGAGUGGUUGUCUUAUGGCGGCGAAAAUAGGGCUACGAAGACGUCUGAGAACAUUUACUAUCGAAAAAAGAUUAUCGAAAGAGAAGGUGGAGGAAAAAAUGUGGGAGUGGCCACUCUAUCAAUACAUGAGAACAUAUCGCCAAGAAGAUUAUGAAAAGGGAUUGAGGACAAAGGCGUUGAAAGAUAAAAAUGGGCAGCCUUUCGUUUUUGAGUUAAAUGACGACGACGAUAAGGAGGAGAUGGAGAAUGAUAGAAGUGUAGAAUCCAUCCCUGCUGACAACAUCAAGAAAAAGGCACCAGCUCCAUCCGCCUUGAAGCGCUCCCUUCUUCUUCAAGUGAAGCAAGAAGAAGAAGAAGAGCCUCCGAAGAAAAUUGCUCAGCUAAACACACCUGUAUUCACUCCAGACAUACCAGAAUCGUCUCAAAAUAUGCCAGGACCACACUCGUCCCACUCGCCGAAAGGGCGAUUAGUUCUAUCCGGUUUGAUACGCCCUGCUCUUCUUCAAGUGAAGCAAGAAGAAAGAGAACCUCCAACAAAAAUUCCUCCGGUUGAGUCAAACCUAUCUGAAUCCUCUCGACACGUGAGAGCAGUUUCUAGCCAACAUCAGGAGGCUCAGUAUAAGCCAACGCAGAGAGACUUGCCAGCUCCGUCCCGACACGUGCCAGGUUUUUCUGCAGACGUGUCAGGUUCAUCUCAAAACAUGUCUGGACUAUCUUCGAGCCACUCGCCGAGUCCUUCUCAUCAACAUCGAGUUCCUCACUAUGACCCAUCGCUUCAAGAUAUGCUAAGUUAUUCCCCAGAGAUGCCUGACCCUUCUUACCAACAGGCUAGUGGUCACAACGGGAACCAGUCUGAAUUCCUGAAGCAAAGGGAUCCGCUUGGACACCAUAAAAACAUGUCCGUGCCUACUGCCCUCCUAAGCAAAACCGAUCAAUAUUAUUUCAACGAGGAUAUGGAGUAUCUAAACCGGAAGCUAUUGAGAAUACACGAGAAGAACGAGACGCUCUAUAGAGCUGCCAGGGACGCUGUCCUUGAGGUCACAAAGGCUAUCGAAAGAAAGACUCCGGAUAAAAGUUUGGAAUCGGUUUUCUUAGAAUUGGCGGACUUUUUUAAGGAUGUGAAGGUUCCUGAAUGA